CGUGACUGCGCACUUCCGGAAGUGACGCAACAAGACAGGCGGGCCGAGCAGCCGGCGUUUCCGCAAACAGAAUCGUGAAUGGUUGAGCUGUGUUCAUGAAGUUUUAUCAAUUCAAGUAACCAAAAAUGGAAAAUUCUACAAACACAGAGGAAUGUGAAAAGCUGCCUCUUGAACAGGCAGAAGCUUCAGUAAAUUCGGAACCAGAAUCUUCCCUCAGUGCUGGUGAAAACUCAGCAGCUUCUGGACCUGGGCUUUCUGAAAAGACUCUUACCUGUGAGCAGAUAGACACAUCAAAAAAGAGAAGAGAGUUUGAAGAUGAUCUUGUAAAGGAAAGCUCCAGUUGUGAGGAGGACACUCCUUCCAAGAAAAGAAAACUUGAUGCUGAAAUUGCUCCAGAGCAAAAAGGUUCUGCUGCUGAUGAAAACAUUUCAAAGAAAAGAAAAACGGGGACUGAUGAUGAUACACAUGAACCUUGCCCUGGGGAUGGUGCUUGGAAAAAGAGAAAACUAGAACUUGAAGAUGUUCCUGAAAAGCAGAAGAACCUAGAACAUGGACAUAGCUCAGCAGUAGCUGCCCACUAUAAUGAACUUCAGGAAGUUGGUUUGGAGAAGCGUAGUCAAAGUCGUAUAUUUUACCUAAGAAACUUUAAUAAUUGGAUAAAAAGUGCUCUCAUUGGGGAAUUUUUAGAAAAGACUCGACAGAAAAAAAAACGUGAAAUUGCUGUUUUGGACCUGGGCUGUGGUAAAGGUGGAGAUUUGCUGAAGUGGAAAAAGGGAAGAAUUCACAAGCUUGUAUGUACUGAUAUUGCUGACGUUUCUGUCAAACAAUGUCAGCAGCGUUAUGAGGACAUGAAGAGUCGUCGUGAUGGUGAAUCUCUUUUCAAUGCGGAAUUUAUUACUGCUGACUCUUCAAAGGAGCUUUUGAUUGAGAAACUUCGCGAUCCAGAAAUGCGCUUUGACAUCUGCAGUUGUCAAUUCGUCUGUCAUUACUCAUUUGAGUCCUACAAGCAGGCUGACAUGCUGCUCAGAAAUGCUUGUGAGAGACUUAGCCCUGGAGGCUAUUUUAUUGGUACCACUCCUAAUAGCUUUGAACUGAUAAAACGUCUUGAAACAUCAGAAACAGAAUCAUUUGGAAAUGAAAUAUAUACGGUGAAAUUUCAGAAGAAAGGAGAUUAUCCCUUAUUUGGCUGCAAAUAUGACUUCAACUUGGAAGGUGUUGUGGAUGUCCCUGAAUUCUUGGUCUAUUUUCCAUUGCUAAAUGAAAUGGUGAAGAAGUAUAAUAUGAAGCUAGUCUACAAAAAAACAUUUCUGGAAUUUUAUGAAGAAAAGAUUAAGAACAAUGAAAAUAAAAUGCUGUUGAAACGAAUGCAGGCUCUAGAGCCAUAUCCUGCAAAUGAGAAUUCUAAACCUGCCUCUGAGAAGGUGGAUGACUACAGACACGCUGCAGAAUACAUGAAGAAGAGUCAAGUGAGGUUACCUUUGGGAACCUUAAGUAAAUCAGAAUGGGAAGCUGCAAGUAUUUACCUGGUUUUUGCCUUUGAGAAGCAGCAGUGACCACCUGGGCAGUAGCCCCUCAGCAGCUGUGCUCUGCCCUGCACAGUCGUGAGCAGCCAUCGCCUGUAGAGCAACAACCUUCUGUUUGUUUUCAUUCUAAAUGUGCAGGAUGCUACCAGGAACUCCAGUGUAUAGAUUGAACACUUGCUGUCUGUGACAGAUGAACUUUCAUGUGUAUAUAAGAAGGGGUUGGGACCUUUGUCUUUAAAAAUCUAUUUUUAAGUAAUGUUCUGAGAAUUCCACUUACCUCUACUGUCUUCGCUCAUAAAAUUUAUCAUAUGCCUUCUUAGGCAGUCAGACUGUUUCCACAGUGUUCUUAUUUGUUCAAUGUGUAUUCACAGUAUUACAUUUAUCACAGUUGUAGAAUUGGUGAAGAGAGCAUACUGAUUCAGCAGUGUGCAUGCUUAUUUCCAUAGUUUUGUUAUAUGGUAUUUUUCAAGUUUAAGUGGGUUGUGUUAUAUAUAAUUAAAACUGUUCACUAUGUGUUGCUAAAGUUACAAGUUUAAAAUUCAGUUUUAGAUGAUCAUAAAAGUUCCCUAGACUGAAUUUUAGCAGUUCAUUGCAUUUCACUAGAAAUAACUAAUUUUGCUAGUGUGCAGCAGUUCUGGAACUUUUCAGAACAUUUAGAUGGCAGCAUAGAGUCAUUUUGGAAUUUGGGGGCUUUCUCGUGAGAACUUCCAGUCAUAGCAAUUAAUGGUUCCAGUUUUCAGAUCGUAUGUAAUGAGACACAUUUACCCAUCUUCAUUGAACCAUGGGCUGUAGUUAUUUUUCUCAAGAUUAAGUCAAAAUCCCUCCCUUGUGAGACAGUUGUACGUUGUGUUCAAAUUUGUACACAGAACUGCAGCAGGAGGGUAAGGAUUAUAAAGAAUGCAGACAGACUUCAGAUUAAUUCUCACUGAGGUUAGAUCUGGGUUAUUGAUUACUUCAGCUUAUCAGUAGACAGUACUUCUCCACAGUAGGAGCCAUUGUGUCAUCACCUUUCAAUAUUUUUCUUUUUGCCUUUUCAGAAUCAUCAUGAUCGUCAUUUUAGCUGAUGCCUAUGUGAAUUAUUGUCCUUACUUUACGGCACCACUUAGAGAACUUGCCAGCUUUUAGAUAUGUUUAAAAACUGAAAAGCGCAAAGCAGAGCAAUUGCAUAUUCUUUUAAAUAAAGUCAUUUACUCAGAGCAUGGUUUACAAGGACAUUGCUUUCUCUAAUUGUCCAGAGUACUUGUUUUAAAAGCAUAGUCUGAAUUAGUUUACAUCUAUUGAUUGUUCAUAGUUAAGAGUAGGGAACUUUUUAGCAAGAGGAUGUGGGUUUCCGCAUCCUGCAGUAAACCUUUGGGAAAUGAGUAAGUACAUCUGACUAGUUGCUGUCAUUAGCUAGGAAAGGUUUGGGGAUGGUGCUGGGUCGAUAGCUUGGGGAGGUACAAAAGGCUUUGCCAUCAUUUCCUAGCCCUUCUUAGUUAACAGGUGACAAUGAUUCAUGUAUUUUUGGCAUCUUUUAUUCCUUUCCCAUGCAUGUGUAAUUUUGGGGAAAGAAGAAUUCCCCAAAGGAUGAAAUAAGUAGUGAUGAUACAAAGGAGAGAGAAAAGAAAAGUGGAGUUCUAGGGCUUCCAGUGAGGGAGAGGGAGAGCGAGGUCAGCCUGGAGGGGGCUGUGGGCUGUGCCAGCUAUUGGAAGUACAGGGUCUCACACAGCCACACCCACAGGAGCUACCUCCUUCCAUGUGCUUUGUUUGUCUUGUUGCCUCUCUGUUCUUGCCCUCUGCUGCAACUAAGUGGGCAGUGACUUGAGGAACUGUCAGGGAAAGAAUUGGAACAUGAGGGUGGCUGUGGGACACCCCUGGACCUGUGCUGUUUAUCCUCCGGGGAAAAGACCAGAAAUGGAGAUCAAAAAUGAAUCAUUUGCAGGAAUGGUACAAGCUGCGGUUGUGGUGGUUGGUUUGGGAAUGUGACUGCACUAUGGUGUAACCAGAAACACUGGCAGGGAGCUCUUUGGGCCUAGAAUCCAUUCAAGGAAAGGCAGCAGUGGCCACAGUGUUGAGGGGGACAAGUGGGCAGGGUGCAGCUACAGCUGAGGGGCAGCACCCUCCCCUACACUGGGUGCAGACUGUAGUAGAGUGACUCUGGGGCUAUCAGCCUGUGCCUUCAGCGCCAGCCACCCAGGUCCAGUGUGACUCCCCAUGCAUGUUUGCUUUCAGUGAGAAGGCACUCAGGGAGGCUCUUGCUUAGGUCAGUCACCUGUGGCCCUGCAUCAUGCUUGGAAACUGAGGAGGUAUGAUUGCUGUCUGACUUCUGGGGCCAGUAAAGAGGGACACCAGGUGACAUGAACUUUGGGGUGGGAUGCAGCAGUAAAAAGCAGAAAAACUUUGUCAGCCAUGGGAGGUUGCUCUUUAGGGCAUUCCCUGCCUCAUUGCUGUUGUGGGAUUUUGAAAUGCAUUAUCUGAUAUGUGGGUCUGCCUACAGGGUAGAAGUGCCAGUGUGAACACUCUGGCUACUGGAAACUUCAUUAUUUUUCGUUAUUGGUAAACUGACUUUCUGUUGUCAAAUUCAGGCUUUGAAUUUUUUGGUUAUCUGAAGCCAGUCACUGCAAAGAUGUCAGGGUGAAGAACAGAGGCCAGAUCCAGGGCCCAGGGUCAUACAAUAGAAAUUGUACCCAAAGGCCCACGGAGCGUACUGGCCUGUUGGUCGACUUGGAAGCAUCGAUGUGUGUUGUCUCAACCUCUAGUUGCUGUUUGCUCAAAAGCCGCUGGUAGGUAUUUUCAUUUCCCAGCAACAUUCCUGAUUCUUUGCCAGCAACCAGGACAGUGGCCACUAUACUUUCUUACUGAUAGGCAUAAUUAACAGCAAAUACCCAUGGGGCUGGGCCCAGGAGACUGUCAGCUUUUCCCCUCAUGGACGUCUUCCUUUCUGUCUGCCUCUCUUUGGGCCUGGGGAGCAUGAACUUCCUGCUCCUCACUAUGGUACAGAGGAGGAAAAGGAGGUUUGGGACAUCAGCAGUCCUGCCACAGUUGGAGGAUUCCAAGGUAAGCCCCAAACCCUUGGCCAUCUACACUGCCUUAUCUUAGGCUUUGGUUCGUUGGGGACCACAUUCCUAGGACAAAGCUGAGUAGAGAGCUAAUAUUUUAUUCAGCUCCUGUCUAAAGGCCAGUUUUCUAAAUACACUUGGUGAUAACCCCUUCUGAUCCUUAACUCCAUAAGGUAAGCAACAUUAUCCCGAUUUGAAUGAUAGGGAAGCCAAAGAGAGGAUAGAAAGUUGUCCAAGAAAGCUGGCCUUUUCGUGUCACACCACAGCCAGGUCUACUCCGCCCCUGUGUUAGAUACCUCCCGGGGCAUGGGGCCCAGGUGAGUCUGCACCCAUUCACAGUGUGCACCUUGAGAUGUUAACCAUGGGAGCUCCGUCCUUUUUUGAUUCCAAACUUUGGUAUUUAAACGUGCUCUUGAGGAAGAGCGUAUGUGACCCACUGGCAAGAAGGCAAAAGUAGAGCUGGGUUUCGCAGCCUGGGUCUGUUGACCUCAGAGCACAGUGUGAGUGUAGUCCAGAUAAAAGUCAGCUGAGUGUCCAGGCAGAGGCGACUCGUUUGUUUUGUAACUUUAGAUUGCAGUGUGCUAUCUGUGCAGUGAUGUUUCACCCGAACCUGUUGUAAGCAGUCAUACCCUAGGAGCCUGCCCUCUGCUUCCUUCCAGUCACUGCCUCCCUGAGGGUGACCACUAUCCUGAGUUCUAAGAGCAUAGAUUAGUUUUGUCUGCUUUGGAUGUUGUGUGAAUGGAAUUAAACAUUAUGCGUUUCUUGUACCUGGCUGCUUUUGCUCAACACAAUGUAAGAUUUUUCGUUGCAUGUAUUUGUACAUGGUUCAUUCUCAUGGCUGUAUAGUAUUUCAUCAGGUGAAUAAACCACAUAUUAUGUAUCCAGUGAGUGGUUGGUUCAUUCCUGGUUUGGGAGUUACUGGUACUGCUCCAGAUAUUGGAAUGUGUGUAUUUCAGUGCACAGAGCCACACAUUGCAGGGACGUAGUCAGGUCCCAUGUUCUGCUUUAUCAGUUAUUGCCAAACAGCCCUCCCAAGUUCCCGUUGUCCAUAAACUUACCAGAGUUGGCGACAGUCUUUUUCAUCCUUUUCUGGCGGGUGUGUAGUGGUAUCCUGUGGCUCUAGUUUUCAUGAUACUUGAUUAUUAACAAGAUGGAGCACUUUUCCUAUGCUUGGUAGCCUUUGGAUAGCUGUGAAACAGCUGUUUGAUUUCUUGCCCAUUUUUCUGAUGUGUUGACUAUCUUAGUAUUGGCAUACUGUUUUUUCUAAAUAUUCUGUUCUGGAUACAAGCCAUUUGUUGAAUGUAUUAUGAGACUAGUACAAUUUAUCACUGUUCUCCUUUAUAAUUGAGCAUAUUUUGCUCAAGAAAUAUUUGUACUUUGAGGUUGUGAAGAUGUGCCGUGUUUUAUCUUCACACUUCGCUUUUAUGUUUCACCUUUGCAUCUGAAAUCUUACCGUAUUCACUGUGUGAGAGUAGGGUAAAAGAAGCUUUUCCUCACAGAUUUCCAGCUUUGCCAGUGUUACUUGUUGAGGAAAAAGCAUGGCCAGUGUAACCUUUGUUGUGUGUCAGGUGAGGACUGUGUGUUUGGUCUGUCUCUGGACUCUUCUGUACUCAUGUUCAGCCUGUUCUCCCUUGCACCUUCACCAUACUAAAUUAGUUACAGUGUCUCUAUGAUGGAUCCUGAUGCCAAGUCAUUAAGACCUCCGGAUCUGUUUGUUUUGCUACUCUACAGUUCUUUAUGGUUUUUAGAAUCAGAAUAUAGGGCAAUCUUCAUAAGACAUUUCCCCCAGCUACUAUUAAACUGCCUCUCCAGUUUUUGCCAAACAACAAUAGUAUUUCACUUCUUUCCCUGAAUGUCACCAGUUAAUUCAUACUUUCCUAGAGGGCUUCCAAAAACACAAUACCAAGAGCAGUCAAGCAGCCCCUAGACGCAUGGACCUGCCAAGACGUGGGCAGUUCAGCCAUUGUUCACAAACUCAGAGGUGUAUUUCCCACUCCCCCAUAGCAGCCUACAGUAUCUUGUUAUUUUUUACAGAUACACUUAGCUUUGUCAAGGCAAACCACUUAGUGGGUGAGUGAAGAGUAAUUGGCCGCUUAGUGUAAAGGUUAGAUGUCACGAAUCGUAAGCCUACAGGGACGAUUGUAGAGCUGAAAGGUACAGUGUGCUUUUGUCUUGUUUUUCCCUAUAGAAAAAUGUUCAUUUUCUUAUAACUUUAUUGGUUUUUUUUCCCCCAACAAUAACAAUCUGAUCUCAUAAAUAAAUUGAGAUUUUUCAGAGGAAGACUUCCUUGCAUGUAUCACUUGUUCUAAAUGGUAAUGAAAUCAAGUCACAG